GCAGGCCGUAUCGUCUCAGGAUCCGCCGUUACACCCGGGUUGUGCUUGGCAGCUUGGAGCCUCUGCAGAUCUUCGCGUGGCUGUGGAACUCGGCUUUGCUUCGACGCCUUCACGUAGACAAGGCUUCCAAGCCUUCCUUAGCAUCGCCAUGGUCGACCCAUCACAACCAAGAUAUCGACCAGACCAACCGAUUGAACAAAUAAACGAUGGCAACGUGCAUUGUGGUUGCUCCGUAGUCGAUCGUCGGACUUAGGCGUACCCACGGAAUUAAGCUGGACAUUAUCGUAUCACCGCAACCUGCGAACCCAUCAUAAGUGAACGGAAAGCAUAUCACCUGCUUUGAAAGGCGCCAAUGUCACUGGGAAGCCUCAAUCAAUUUUAGGUGCUGCCUCUGAGAACGUAAUCGUUGAAGAGUACGCAUUGAUCCCAGCGACGGAGCUCAUGAAAGCACAAUGGCCGAGGAUAAAGCGAUUGUUUUGAUCACAGGCGCGAACGGGGGCAUAGGAUUCGCACUCGCGGCGCUGUUGAUGGCAGAUCCACACAAGCAUGUUCUUGUUGGAAGUCGAUCAGCCGAAAAAGGACAGCGUGCUCUGGCAGACCUUCAGCAGCAAGGUCUUCCUGGAUCUGUCGAGCUUGUCGUGUUGGAUGUCGCAAGCGAUGAGUCGAUUCUUGCAGCAGCGAAGCAGGUGGAAGCAGGUCAUGGCAGGCUGGACGCUCUCGUCAACAAUGCUGCUAUUGGCUCGCCAGAGGGCUCACGCGCAGAAGGCAUGGCGAGAUGCUUCCAAACAAACGCAACCGGACCCUACCUGAUGGUCGAAGCGUUCGCGCCUCUACUCAAAAAGUCCACUCGCACCCCGCGCAUCAUCAACGUCACCUCUGGCGCCGGAUCAGUCGCUCGGAGGAUGGAUCCCAACGGCCCAAGUUACAAUCUGGGGAUGUGGGGGAUCCAAUACGGCGCGUCCAAAGCCGCGAUGAAUCUCAUUACCGCCUAUCAAGCGGUCGUGUAUGGUGAGCAGGGGAUCAAGGUGUUUGCUUUCUCGCCUGGCUUUGUUGCGAGUAAUCUUGGGGCACACAAUACCGUUGAAAAUGGAGCGCAGGAGACUAGUGUUGGUGCGGCGCCGAUGGUAGGAAUUAUCGAUGGCGAGAGGGAUGCGGAGCUGCCUCGGAAUGGUUUCUUGAGGGCUAGUGGUCAGUCGCCGUGGUGAGGGACUGAAGCUGGUCUACGCAGCAUGGCUUUCUUGUCGUUUUCGCCUUGCCUGUAGAAGCUGGGGAGCGUCAUUAGAAAGUAGUCUGCGAUGAAAUGCACCGGUCGUUGUUGAUUGAGCGAAGCGCGAGCAAUCAUUUGAUGCUCAAAUCGGCAUAAUAUUACACGACUCCCCGAAUAAUCGAGCAAUCCAGUUC